GGAGAAAGAGAAAGAGAAGAGAAUCUAUACCCAACAUAUGUUCCUUCCUUUCCUUUCUUCCUUCAUUUCAUCAAUGAAUCAAUGGCCAAAGACAUGGGUCCCACCCAACAAAACAAUCCUCUCCACCAUAAUAUCACCACACAACCAACAACAAAAACAACUAAACUAAAUCAUCCUCUCAAAUUAUCAUUCCAUCACCUUCUUCUUCUUCUUCUCACUCUUCCCAAUCCCAACAAGCUUUCCACUUCUUCUUUUUUCCAUCAUCCUCUCUUUCUCUGCUAAACCCCACUUGCUUCUCAUAUAAGCCUUUACAUUUUUCUUAAUUAAUUUAUUACUUACUUCAUAAUAUACCACACUCCAUCCACACUCCAUUUCUUUCUAUUUAUUAUUGUUAUAAUAUAUAUGCUUGCCGGCGAUGCCGACGCCGGUCAGCAUAGCAAGGCAAUGCUUGACGGACGAGGCGGCGCGUGCGCUAGAUGAGGCGGUGGCCGUGGCGCGGCGCCGCUGCCACGCGCAGACGACGUCGCUCCACGCCGUCUCGGCUCUGCUCGCCAUGCCAACCUCCGCCCUGCGCGAGGCCUGCGGCCGCGCGCGCUCGGGCGCUGGCGCCGCCAGGUUCUCCGGCGGGUACUCGCCGCGGCUGCAGUUCCGGGCGCUGGAGCUCUCCGUGGGGGUGUCGCUGGACCGGCUUCCGUCGUCGAAGGGGGGUGGCGGCGGGGGCGGUGAGGAGGAACCGCCGGUGUCGAACUCGCUCAUGGCGGCCAUCAAGCGGUCGCAGGCGAACCAGCGGCGGCAGCCGGAGAGCUUCCACGCGUUCCAGCAGAGCCAGCACGGGGGAACGGCGUCGUUUCUGAAAGUGGAGCUGAAGCACUUCGUUUUGUCAAUCCUCGAUGAUCCAAUCGUGAGUCGGGUUUUUGCGGAAGCAGGGUUUCGAAGCUGUGACAUCAAACUCGCGCUGCUUCAACCGCCGCUUCCUCCGGUCCAGCACCGGUUCGCCCGGGCCCCUCCAGUUUUUCUCUGCAACCUCGAACCGGACCGUCCCGACGAAAAUAUUCGCAGGAUCGCGGAGGUGCUGUCUAGAAAGAGCAAGCGAAACCCUUUAUUGAUGGGUGUUUAUGCAAAGAGUGCUCUGAGAGGUUUUGUUGAGAUGGUUCAGAAGGGUCGAGGGGGUUCUGUUUUGAGUUCGGAGUUGAGGGUGGUUUGUUUGGAGAGGGAGAUUGGGGAAUUUGUGAAAAGGGGUGGGAGUGGUGAAGAGGUGGUGGGUGUGAAGUUGAAGGACUUGGAGCAGCAAUGCGAGGGCUGUUCUGGUUCUAUGGUUGUUAGUUUCGGUGAGGUUGAGGUUUUUGUAGGGGAGGAUGCGGAUGUUGAUGCUGUUAGGUUUGUUGUUUCGGGGCUAACGAGGUUGUCAAAGAUUGGUGGCGAAAAGGUUUCUUUGCUGGGUGUGGCGGAAACCUCUCACGCUUAUUCGAAGUUCUUGGGUCUGUUUCCUAAUGUGGAAAACGAGUGGGAUCUUCAUUUGCUCACUGUCACUUCUGCCACACCUUCUAUGGAAGGGCUCUACUCUAAGUCCAGCUUGAUGGGGUCCUUUGUUCCAUUUGGUGGGUUCUUUUCUACACCUGAAAUCAGAAGUCCCCUGAACUCCACAAAUGGAUCUUUUACCCGUUGUGACAAAUGCAAUGAAAAAUGUGAACAAGAAGUUGCUGAUGUUCUGAAGGUAGGUCCUUCGUCUAGUAACUCAACAAGCUCACCCUGGUUACAAAAGAUUGUUAAUGUGGACAACCAUAGAGGGUUGGAUGUGGCAAAGACCAGUGGAGAAAAUACAAGUUUGAAUGAUAAGAUGUUGGGAUUUCAAAACAAAUGGAAUGAUAUUUGUCAGCGUCUUCAUCACAAAGGCUCACUGCCUCACUUUGAUAUUUCUCAGACAAGGCCACAAGCUCCAAUACUUGAGACUUUACGGUUUGGUCCAGGUUUUAAGGAAAGCAGCAGUAAAGAUCCAUCACGCACUGAAUUCCCAUAUUCUACUACUCAAAUGUCUUACAUGCCCAAAGGGUUGCAUAUUACUUUUCCAUUACCUUCUGAUACAGUCAGUGUUCAUACUGUAACUGGUAGUGAUUCAAAAGUCUCAGAGACACUGCAAAUUGAUGCCAAGACCCCUAGGGUUGUCCCUUCGAGUGUGCUUGACCACAGAUCAUCUUUAUCCCAUACACCUGUGACCACAGAUUUAGGAUUGGGAACGUUAUAUACAUCAACAUCUCAGAAUCCAGAUACCCCAAAACUACAAGAUCAGAGAAAGCAUGUUCAGCAAUUGUCAGACUCUAUUUCAACUGAUUGUGAUGCUAUUAAUGAAACUACCUCACACCAAAUUCCUAGAUCUUCUUGGUCUGGUUCAAAUUUUGAUGGGAAAUUUGAUUUAGCAGAUUUCAAGUCUCUUAAUCGAGUUCUUGCUGAAUCGGUUGGCUGGCAGGAUGAAGCCAUCCGUGCUAUCAGUCAAACUUUGUCCCUUGGUAAAUUUGGUUCAGGAAAGAGUAGAGGUUCACAAGGUAGAGCAGACACAUGGUUGGCUUUCCUUGGACCAGAUAGACUUGGCAAACGAAAAAUUGCUUCAGUUCUUGCAGAGACUAUUUUUGGAAACUCUGAAAGCCUAAUCUCUGUGGAUCUGGGCUUCCAGGAUAGCUUUUCCCCAUUGAACUCUGUUUUUGAAUGCCAAAAAUCACGUUGUUAUGAUGUGCUCAGGAGGAAGACAAUUGUGGACUAUAUUGCUGGAGAGUUGAGUAAAAAACCCCAUUCCGUUGUCUUUCUUGAAAACGUAGAUAAAGCUGAUUUUCUGGUGCAGACUAGUUUGUUGCAGGCAGUAAGAGCUGGCAAAUUUCCAGAUUCUCAUGGAAGGGCAAUUAGCAUCAAUAACACAAUCUUUCUUGUAGCCUCAACUAAAGAUAGUAGUUCUUUGGUUUCAGAUGAGUCUAAGAUGUUUUCAGAGGAAAGAAUCCUUGAAGCCAAAAGAUGUCAAAUGCAAUUACUACUAGGACAUGCUUCCGAGGAUGCCAAAACAAUUGGUAGAACAAAUGUCAAGGUUGUAGCAAGUAAAGGUUUUUCCAAAUCAUCAUAUCUGAACAAAAGAAAGCAGACUGAUACUAGUGACUCCAAGAAGGGAACAGCAAGCAAGAUGCAGAGACAGGACAGUGAGUCAUCUCGAUCCUAUCUGGAUCUAAACAUGCCUGUAGAGGAGAGUGAUGAGGGUGUGAAUGACAAUGACCAAGAAAGUGAAUCCAUAACAGAAAACACAGACACCUGGUUAAGUGACUUCUUUGAUCAAAUUGAUGAGAAAGUGGUGUUUAAGCCAUUCAACUUUGAUGAGCUUGCUGAGCAAGUAUUGAAAAACAUUGGCCUACUAUUUCAAAGGACAUUCGGAUCAGAGCUUCGGUUGGAAAUUGAUUAUGAGGUAAUGACACACAUACUUGCAGCUGCUUGGUUAUCAGACAAAAAAAAUGCAGUGGAGAAUUGGGUUGAACAUGUUCUUGGCAGAUGCUUUGUGGAAGCACAGAAGAAAUACCAUCAUCCUGUGUCUCAAUAUGUUGUGAGACUGGUUAACUGUGAAUCCAAUUUUGUGGAAGAGCAAGCUCCUGGUGUAUGCCUUCCAGCUAGAAUUAACCUGGACUAAAUUUUUGCUCACUUUGUAUUACUGUAAUCAGUUGUAAAAUGUAGCUGUUAGGAUAUAUAGUAUUUGGUAGAUGGUAGCCAGCGUUCAACUAAUUGAUCUCACAAUUUUUGUCUUCUCAAUCAUUGUGCUGUAAUUUCUAUGGUAAAUGUAUGUGUAAUUUUCUAUAGUGUACCUACUUAAAGUCCAAUAAUAUUAGUUUGCAAAUUGUUCCACCCUUCA